AUGGCAUCUUCGUCGACGCCGUCCACGCCCCUCCUCUACUCCUGUAUUGCUUAUCAUACGACCAUUCUUGCUGAACAUACAUCAUCACCCUCGUCCAAAGCAUCUUCUCUGGCGUCGGUUAUUCUGCCCAAGAUCACCCAUGAUUCUCCCCAAAAAUUGACCUACACCCACAAUGACAACUAUAUCCAUUACAUUGCCGAUGCGCCUUCUGAUCACCCUGGAGCCGAUCCUUCGGCUGGCGGAUUGACUUACUUGGUUAUUGCUCGCAGCGACCUUGGUCGUCGCAUUCCUUUUGGGUACCUUGUCGAAAUAAAAAAGCGGUUCCUCGCAUCUUAUAACCCGCAAUCCACCGAUUUUGGCGCCCUGCCAUCUUAUGGCGCCGCUGCAUUCAACAGCGAACUGAAGACCCUCAUGACCGAGUAUGGAACGACAAAAGCAGGUCAGGCGGAUGCAAUUACCAAUGUUCAAAACGAGAUUGAGAAUGUCAAGGGCAUCAUGACUGAGAAUAUUGAGCGCGUCUUGGAGCGCGGCGAGCGCAUCGACCUGUUGGUUGACAAGACGGAUAGGCUUGGAGGAAGUGCACGCGACUUUCGUGUACGCAGCAGAAGUCUGCGGCGGCGCAUGUGGUGGAAGAACAUCCGCCUCAUGUUUCUCCUUGUCGUGGUUAUCAUCUUUUUAAUCUAUCUCUUUGUCGGCUUUGGCUGUGGGCUUCCAGGAUGGUCCAAGUGUAUUGGAUCGCACAAGUAA